AAGCAUCUCAAGUCUAAAAGCACUCUCUCUUUUUUUUUGUGUUUCUCUUCUUCACAAAAGAAUCAAACUCCUUCUUCUUUAAUUAUUAUCUAAUCCAUGGAGAAAUCACUAUUAUCUUCUGAUGCACGAGGAAAAGGUGUCCUUGUUGAUGAGGUGGUCAAAACCGAUGAUGAUCGAAUCAGCAUACUUCCCACAGAUCUAUUGCUUAAGAUCUUAUCGAGCCUGACUAUAGAAGAAGCUGUUAGAACAAGUGCUCUAUCAAAGCGAUGGAUGAAUGUGUGGAAGGAGACGGCUGAUCUCUGUGUGGACAUGCGAUAUAUCACUCUAUCCAAAAAUAUUUUCAUCGAUGUUAGUCCUUAUGCCGCUAGAUGGAUGACAAAGGUUAUAAACGAUCACAAUGGCCGUUUCGAACGAGUCACAAUCAACCAUUACCCAUACCAAUGUGAAGAUGGGACGGUCGAAGCAUGGAUUCACUCACUGAUUCAUGUGAAACAUGUCAAGCAUCUCAACCUAGUAAACUAUAUUAUCCGUUUCAUUGCAAAAACCAAAACCAACUAUACACUUGACUUGCCUCCACAGUCAUUUUCUCAUCCAAACCUCGAAUCAUUCUAUCUUGGUCGGUAUAACUUAAAAGAUCCACAUGCUUUCCGAAGCUGCUCGAAUCUAAAGAGUCUAAAACUCGUUGGAGUUUUCGCGGAGAUCGAAGUCUUUAAUGCAGUGCUCCUGUCUUGCCCUUCUCUCCAAGUGCUCGUUGUAAAGAUCAACUGCUAUGAACAAAGUGGUCCUCUCAUCAUUGGCAACCGCAACUUAAAGUUCUUGUACUUAUCCGGUUAUCAGAUUGAUGGAUUUGAAGUGGUUGCACCUAGUCUGGAGAUCCUGACCGUCCAAUCUCUCUCGUGUGAGAUGGAUAAGUUUGUCAUGACAAACCCUAGACUCCAGUUCAGUCGAAACUAUUGGGCAACUGGACAGUUAUAUUCUCACACCAGCUACUGUAUAUCAUGCCCUCCUCAGGAUAAAAGCAGCAUCGGGCAUGAAGUCAUGAUCAGUGCAUCCAGUGAAUAUAUGCAACGUUCUGCAUCGAUGUCAGUGAGUUUAGACUUAACGAAUGCAAAAGAGGUAGAUAUGCUAAACGAAGUUUUAUCUGUAUGGCCUGUAGAAAUGGAAGAGCUCGAAAUUGUAUUUAAGAAUAACAAUGCUCCCAUGGAAGAACUUGAGUCCUGCAUCGGAAGUACAAAGAGGAACUUUUGGGAAGAGACAAAACCGUUUCCCAGCCGUUACUUCCGUGCGUAUACCGUAUGGCUGAUUAACUUUAGCGGUUCUAAAGAAGAGUUUGCUCUAGCUUCGUGCUUGAUAGCGCAAGGAACAGUGGUCAAGAAAAUGUUAAUCAGACCUUCGUCGAUUCCUCUGAGUAACAAGUUCGAGAUAGAAGAGGCAGUGACCAGGCUAAACGAACUUCCAAAAUGUUACACAAAACUUAGUAUCACAACGUUCUGAUGGAAUUUGGUUCGAAUCUAGCUAUUGGUGAUAUAAAGAAAAAAAACCUUUUAUGAUUUGCUGUUUAAUAUGAAAAAUUAUGUAGUGUCCGCUUUCAAGUACUUCUUUUGGCAUUUGAUUUUAUGUUUCAUAUAUUUGGGAUCUAAAUUGUAUCAAUCAAUUUGAAACUUAUCUGAUUUUCUUGAUGAAUUAUUUAUAUUUUUUACUGCA